AUGAUGAAAUUAAUCAAAAACAAGAUGAAAUUCUUAAUGAAGCUUAUGCCAAUUUAAUAAUUUUGCAUUCAAAUCAUUCAAUAUCACUAUUACCAAAAAAUAUUAAACAAGGCAAGGAGUUUAUGAAUAAUAUUAAAUCUAACUUGGAAUAUAAGAAAACUAAAGUAUUAGAUCUUGAUAAUACUGAGUAUUUCUUAUAUCAUAUGCCAUUAAUCAGCUGUAUUAAAAAUAUAUUAGAAAUUCCUGAUAUAGUACAAAAUUCAGAAUUUGAAUAUAAAGAAUUAUAUAAAACUACUGAG